UUAACCGGGCCCACCUGUGCUCGACGACGAUCCCCACCGCACCGCAAUCUCUCUCUCUCUCUCUCUCUCUCUCUAAAAAUUUCAUAAAGACAGUUGCAGAAGUGGCAGCCGGGGCGUGAUAAUGCCGCUACAUCGAAUCCCCCAAGAAACCCCUUCGUCAUCAAUACUACUUUCCCACUGACAAGUCUCCCAAAUCUGACGACAACUCCAUACGUACAUUUCCCAGAAAUUCUUCUCUCUCUCUCUCUCUCUCUCUCUCUCUCUCUCUCUCCACACAUUGGUGGCCUAUAAGACUGACUUACAUUGGAGUUCUUUCAGAAUGGACACGGACUCCUCCGGUGUAAAGUAUUCAAAUUUCUCUCUCUAGGGUUCAAUUAAUGGAGAGCAAUGGCUCCGCGAGUCGUCGGAGGGUUCGAAAACUGAGAUGCUCGGUGAUGAACUACGAUUGGGGUCGGAUAGGGAUCGAAUCGGGAGUGGCGAGGCUCUUCUCGCUGAAUUCAAGGGUGGACAUUGAGGGUGGAAAGCCUUAUGCCGAGUUCUGGAUGGGGACUCACGAGUCUGGGCCAUCGUUUGUGGUUGAGAAGAGCGAGAAUAAUGGAGUUGUGAUUGGUGAGGAGGAGGAGGAGAUUACAGCAGGGGGUUUGAGUUUGAAGUCGUGGAUUGCGAAAAACCCUAGUGUACUUGGGGAUAAAGUUGUUGAAAAGUGGGGUGCUAAUCUUCCUUUCUUAUUCAAGGUACUUUCAGUUGCAAAGGCAUUGUCGAUACAGGCCCACCCUGACAAAGAACUUGCCGGGACUCUGCAUAAGCUGCGGCCUGAUGUCUUCAAGGAUAAUAACCACAAGCCUGAGAUGGCUUUGGCACUAACAGAUUUCGAGGCCCUUUGUGGAUUUAUCAGUCUUGAGGAACUUAAGACUGUUGUUCGAAAUGUUCCUGAGGUUGCAGAAGUGGUUGGCAACUUGUAUGCUAACCAAGUGUUGGAUGUCAAUAAUCAAGAUGGGGAGGAGAAAGCAAAAGCAGUUUUGCAGUUGAUAUUCACCCAGCUCAUGUCUGCUAGCAAGGAUGUGAUUGCCAAAGCAUUGUCAAAAUUGAAAAGUCGACUCCACACGGCGAGUCAGGUAAGACAGUUGACAGAUAAGGAACAGCUAGUACUACAGCUAGAAAAACAGUAUCCAGCCGAUAUUGGUGUCCUAGCAGCUUUCCUCUUCAACUACGUGAAGCUUAAUCCAGGUGAAGCAUUGUAUUUAGGGGCAAAUGAGCUUCAUGCCUACUUACGUGGCGAGUGUAUCGAAUGCAUGGCAACUUCAGACAAUGUUGUGCGUGCCGGCCUAACUCCUAAGGACCGGGAUGUCCACAUUCUUUGUUCUAUGCUCACAUACAAACAGGGUUUUCCUGAAAUUCUCCAAGGAGUUGCUUUAAAUCCAUAUACCAGAAGGUACCUCCCUCCUUUUGACGAAUUCGAAGUUGAUCGCUGCAUUCUUCCCCAGGGAGCAUCUGCUAUUUUUCCAGCAGCCCCCGGUGCCUCUAUUUUUGUGGUCAUGGAGGGAGAGGGAACAAUGCACACGACAUCCUAUGAAGAUUUAAUUAGGGAAGGCGAUGUUCUCUUUGCACCUGCCGACACCGAUGUUAAAGUGACAACCUCAUCUGACUUGCAUAUAUAUAGAGCUGGAGUGAACAGCAGGUUUUUUUGAAGCCUCUUGAGUUGGUACACAGCACAAAAGCCCUGUACACAUUUUUUUGCUGCUAUAGAUUUGUAUUUUAUGUAAUAUUGUUGCUUGCAUGUAUACGAAUGAAUAAUGAUAUAUAGAAAAAAAAAUGUUGUAGAAAUAGUGAGAUAAGAUUUCGGAAAGAAAUAAGAUUCAGUCAAGUUAGUGAAUUACAGCAAA